UCCCUACUGUGUCCAUGUCCAUCCUUCCAUGUUCAAAUACAUUUCCCGUGUUCCCCCCAGGCUCUGAGUGCCACACAGUGGGGAGUGGGUGGGGGCCAUCAUGUCCUCAUAUCAGAAGGAAUUGGAGAAAUACAGAGAUAUAGAUGAAGAUGAGAUCCUAAGGACGUUGAGCCCCGAAGAGCUAGAGAAGCUGGACUGCGAGCUCCAGGAGAUGGACCCUGAGAACAUGCUCCUGCCAGCUGGACUAAGACAACGUGACCAGACAAAGAAGAGCCCAACAGGGCCGCUGGACCGAGAGGCCCUUUUGCAGUACCUGGAACAACAGGCACUGGAGGUCAAAGAGCGUGAUGACUUGGUGCCCUUCACAGGCGAGAAGAAGGGGAAACCCUACAUUCAACCCAAGAGAGAAAUCCCAGCACAGGAACAGAUCACCCUGGAGCCUGAGCUGGAAGAGGCACUGGCCCAUGCCACAGAUGCUGAAAUGUGUGACAUUGCAGCAAUUCUGGGCAUGUACACACUGAUGAGCAACAAGCAAUACUAUGAUGCCAUCUGCAGUGGAGAAAUUUGCAACACUGAAGGCAUUAGCAGUGUGGUACAGCCUGAUAAAUAUAAGCCAGUGCCAGAUGAACCCCCAAAUCCUACAAACAUUGAGGAAAUGCUAAAGAGGGUUCGAAGCAAUGACAAGGAGCUGGAGGAGGUGAACCUCAAUAAUAUACAGGACAUCCCAAUCCCCAUGCUGAGUGAGUUGUGUGAGGCGAUGAAGACCAAUACCUACGUCCGGAGCUUCAGUCUGGUGGCCACGAGGAGUGGUGACCCCAUUGCCAAUGCGGUGGCUGACAUGUUGCGUGAGAACCGUAGCCUCCAGAGCCUGAACAUCGAGUCCAACUUCAUUAGCAGUACAGGGCUCAUGGCUGUGCUGAAGGCAGUUCGAGAAAACGCCACACUCACUGAGCUCCGUGUAGACAACCAGCGCCAGUGGCCCGGUGAUGCAGUGGAGAUGGAAAUGGCCACCGUGCUGGAGCAGUGUCCCUCUAUUGUCCGCUUUGGCUACCACUUUACACAACAGGGGCCUCGAGCCCGGGCGGCCCAGGCCGUGACCCGGAACAAUGAACUACGUCGCCAGCAAAAGAAGAGAUAACAUCGCUCUUCCCUUCACCAACUAGAGCUAGGAACCCUAGAGAUACAAAUUCUCGCUUCUCCUGCUUUCCUGUAAAUAAAGUCCCUUUUGUCCAUUC